AUCCAAACACCCCUAAUAAAAAUGAAAAUAUUAUAUCAAUUACCUAUAUACGAGAUCCUUCUUUAGACAGUAAGACUAUGCACGUCACCUGCUUGCCUGCUGCUUUCCUCAUCCAAUAAGAAGUCUGGCGGUCAUUCUUUAACUUAUGUGGAGUCGGUUUGCUUUCCUUCUCCACACCGCCUCAAUUAGUUGUGUCAAGCCGAGUCACUGUCUAUUUUCUCAUGUUUUUCCGUUUUCCCGCCACCUCCUACUUGGUUUUGCGCACCGACCACUGGGUUCAAUAAACGGCGUCGUUUGGCUAUUGAUGAAGGUCACCUAGACGUCACGAUGAGGUAGAAGACUUAGCGGUGGGUUUUCCUUCUUGGCGGCCACGUUCCCCCCAAAGCUGCAUAUCUUUUGGAUCCCUUUUUACCGCCACCUCCCAUUGAUUGCUGCUGAGUCACCCUUUUGACUUCCUCUUCAUGCCGCUCCAUGUUUAUUCUGUAUUUAAGGGUUUUGUUGCUUCACGAUUGAUGUUGAAGAGGACGAAAGGGAAGGGCCUGAUGAAGAGACGAUUUAGCCUAAAGACCGUUACUAAUGACAAAUCGAUGACAUGGAACCUUAAAUUAAGUGUGCUAGAAUAUGGAGAUUUGGCAGGAGACAUGUUUCUGAACCUUUGGAUACCACUCGAUAAAUUUGUCGAGGAUGAAAAUGUACUUGCAGGGAUUAUUUCAUUAAAUCCUUUUGCGGAAUUGAGAAACCUAGAUUGCAAGUCAACCUCAGACCCUGUGGACUCAUCAAACACUUUCACCACUCCAUUCCGAAACAAAAUACUUCUAUGGAGGUGAAAACAUUGCAAAUAGGCAUCUGGCGAAUGUCAAAGAUUUGGUCAUAGCUUCAAGAAUGCAAAAUCCAUUUUAAUUGGAAAGGUAAUUUCUUGCAAGAUAUUAUUACUCUUUUUAAAUCUGCUGACUAGUGGGCUUUCAAAAGUUCUACAUGUCGUUAAUUACUUACUUUAAUGUAGGUUAUACAUGCAUUUUAGCUAUCCAAAACAUUCUCAUUUUGUAGGUUUUUUUUAUCAUUAUAUUAAUGUUGGUUGAACCCACAGAGCAUGAAAAAGAUUUUAUGUAUUCAUUACCUCUUGUGUUAUGAUGCUUUCCUUGUUUCUUUAAUUUUACUUUUUUCUUGCAGGGUAACCCCUUUUUAAUUUUAUUAUGUGUUUUGAGGGUUUUAUUGUAUAUAUAGAUAAGGACUAACCUUGCCCUUUACUUUAUUUGAUUUGUUUCUUUAGGUCAUUGAAGAUGCAUCAUAUAUUAUACUCAUAACCAUGUUACAGGUCAGUUUUUUCUAACUCGAGUGGGUGAGUUAUCUAUGUGAACCUUGUAAUAGUUGAAAAACACCAUGUCUUGUAUACUCCACACUUUAAUAAAAUAAUCAAAUAAACAAACCGAAUGUUUCCUGUAAUUUAGGGAACCCAAGUGUCAAAGAUAUAACAUAA